AGAAAUCAAAAUUUUCAUUCAGGUUUAUAUUUAAUUUACAAAUUAAAUUAUUGAAAUAAUAAAGGAAAUCUUGUGUACUGCGGUUUUUUUGGAAAAUGACUUGACUUUCACAAUUUUUUGAUAACUCAUAUUAUUCUAAAUCGAUAUGGAACCAGCUAAUCAAGAACCAUUAACGAAAAAAGGAAAAAGACCAAAAUCAGCCACAAAAUAUCCAAAAAGGAUGCCAACUUAUGUCGUAGCAUUUGAAAUGCAGGAGUUGCAUGAUGCUCCUUUUAACCCUCAUCAGAUUACUCAAAUACACAAUGUGGAUAGCACGAACUCGAUUUCACCAUCAAGCUCCAAUAACUCAACAAAAACAUUCACUAUAACUCCGACUGAAAAUUCUUCUCGAGUUUUAGAUAUACCAAUUAUAAGCGAAGUAAAAAUUGAUAUUUUAGACGAAAACCAAUGCGGAGAUAUGGAAAAGAGAUCGCCUCAACUAAGCAGCUACAUUCUAGUGGGCAAUAGAUUGGCAGAUGAAAAACCCGAAAUAAUAUUCAACGCUACAAAACAUGGCAAAAGAUGUAAAGACAGCAACAAGUUGCCAAGAAAGAAAUUAAAGAAAAAUAAACACAUCGCCAAGUUCAAGAACAUACAUUUUAAAUACAAAAAUCCUAAAAAGAAUAUCAGAAGACGACUAAAGAAGUAUUAUCGAAAAGCUAAGAUGGGUUCACGUGCAAUAUCAAAAGUUGUUUCCAGAUCUUUAUUGAAGAAAGUAUUAGCUAAAGAAAAUCUUCUAGAUGAAUGCGAUGAUGAUUGUAUUUGUGAUGGUGAUGAUUCCCUCAAUUCUUCACCAUCAACCACGAAGAAGUCAUUUAUUAGCUACGCAAGCCAUAAAACGUUAAGACCUAUAAGUUCUACAUCAUCAAGGGCUGAUGAUUUUAACAGCAUAAAAACUGUGAACUCUGUAAUCCAAGUUUCCUCAGACAUAAUAACUUCUAAUUCAGAUUCCACACCUUAUCACACAAAUAUCAUCGAUUUAGCUGUGGCUGUAACUUUUAGUGGAACGAAACCAAAUGAUAACCAAUUUAUUGCCAACAGUUGUGAGACAAUAAUUAUGCACAAGGAGAAUUUAACCAGCGAUGAAAUGUUUUUGCAGCCUGAUAUUAGUCUAACUUCAAAACCACCGUCACAGCAGAAUAACUUUAAAAUUGAAAUCAGUAAUCUGUCUCCUACGGAUCAGAACGAGGACAACAUGAGUCACGACACUCUGAUUGGCGAAAGGACAUCUGUUUUAGUAUCCAGUGAUGAAAAUUUCGUUAUUGCUCGAACUAGCUCUGAUUUUAAUAAAUUGAGUAUAACUUCUAAUUAUACGUACACUUCAAAUUCAGAUACAACGCUGCGUAAUGAAACUUUGCCUCCCGAUUUGCCUACUAAGGAAGAACUUGCUAGGAGAACUGCUAUUUUAGACAAGGUGAUAAACCUUGGAUAUUAUCCAGUAAUCACACCUUCCACUAGCUCUGAUGCAAAUAUUAAAUUAAACGAUGUCAUAGUUACAGAUAAUUUAAAAAGAUAUCCAAAAAACAAAGGGGACGAGGUCGAAAUAGAUUUACACACGAAUAUGUUGAAGCUGAAAAAAUCGUAUGAAAUAGAAAAAUUGACAUGCCUCCAAAAAAACAUCAGUUUACCUAAUGACAUAACAAUUAAAGCCAAAAUCAAGGAAUCGGAAAAAUCACAAAAACGAUCGUGUGCUGACGAGGUUAGGGUUAAAUAUCCUACAGAUAUGAAUGAUAUGUGGGAACGUCUGACAUUAGUAUUAGAUUUGGCUGUAAAGAGAUUGGAGGAAACCCUAGCUGAGAAAAUUGUUAACGAUAUAAAACGAUUAUCGGUCUUUAACCAAAAUGAAAGUAAAAUAUUGAAACUGGAUAACCAAAUGGACAGUUCCACUCUUACACAAAUAAAUUGUGAGCGCCCUACACCACACAUGGUCCACAAAGAAGUAUUUGUAGCACAAAACAUUUUGAAAGAAGACAUCGAUGGAAGUGUGCAGUGUAAUCUAGUACAGAAUCAAGUAAUAGAUCAAUUGAUGUUUAAACUAAGCAUUGAAGGACCAAAGCCAGUUUCAGACGUUUCUAUAAAGAAAUUGAAGAAGACAGAAAUAGUAAAGGAUUAUUUUGAAAUUUUAAAGCCUCCAGCUACUGCUAGCGUUGCUAUGGAGGCGGGUAGAGGUGACAUAGUAACGGUUUCUACUGCGACUGAAGAAAUCUAUGCUUCAGAGAAGAUUUGCCGUCUGAAGGGGAUGCUGAAUGCUUCUAUGACAUUCUUGAGAGAGAACAUGUUCAUAAUUACUAGUGUGCCUACGUUUUUCAUUGUUAUGUUGUGUUUCUAUGGCAUUAUUGUAAUUACUCUGAAGACUUGGUAG